AUGCUUAACUGUAUCUUACAGCACACGCUGAGGAGCCUGUGUUCAUGUACAGAUUCUUCUAAUCCUUCCAAAUGGGUGUAUGCAGUCUUUUGGAGAAUACUGCCCAGGAAUUACCCUCCACCAAAGUGGGACUAUGGAGGCACUGCUCUUGAUCAUUCCAAAGGAAACAGAAGAAACUGGAUCCUAGUUUGGGAGGAUGGAUUUUGUGAUUUCGAUGAAUGCGAGAAAGCAGGAAGUGGGUACAUGAAGGGAAGAUUUGGACCAGAUGUCUUCUUCAAAAUGUCUCAUGAAGUUUAUAACUAUGGGGAAGGAUUAGUGGGGAAAGUUGCUGCAGAUAACAGCCACAAAUGGGUGUUCAAAGAAACCCCAAAUGAGAGUGAUCCUAACUUAAUCUCCUCAUGGAAUAUGUCAAUUGAACCUCAGCCAAGAGCAUGGGAAUUUCAGUUCAAUACAGGCAUUCAGACCAUCGCCAUCAUUUCAGUCAGGGAAGGUAUAAUUCAAUUGGGUUCUUUUGACAAGAUUGUGGAAGACCUUAAUUUGGUAAUCAGGAUGCAGAGGAAAUUCAGCUAUCUCCAAAGCAUACCAGGAAUCUUUGCAAUACAAAGGCCAUACCUACCAAUCCAGCAUCCAUAUGCUAUCAAACCCAACACCAAUAUGAUUGAAAACCAAGAAAUAGCUUUCUCAGUUGAUGACAAACGCAAAAUACCAGGCGUUAAGAGAUUGUUUGAUGAAAGAUUAGAUGAUUCUCCGAUAAAGUCAAUCAACUUGGGCUGGAACAGUCCCCGAAAUGUAAUUCCUGGACCACCCAUUUGGUCAAUACCACCGCUUCUGCCCACCAUGUCUAGCAGUCUUGGAGCUUUGUUAUCAAAGCUACCUUCUGUGACCCCUUCGUAUAGUAGCAUCGAAGCUCUAGACACAGCUCUUCUUAAUAGCAACAACAACAAUAACGGUACAAGCCAGAGAGUCAAGGUUGAUAAUUGCGGAGUAGCAAGAGAAGGCCAACAACUUGCUGUUACAAAAAUUGUCUCCUCUAGCCAUUUAGAUGCUGCUCAAGAAGAAAAACCAAGUUCCAUAAACCCUAGUUUAAACUUACAAGACAGGGUGGUCGGCUUUGGACCUCUAAGAGAGGGAGAAAGUGGCUUGAGCCUCAAUCAAUAA